AACAUCCAUUUGUUCCUUGUGCUGUUGGCCUGUGAAAUGCAAACUAAAUUAUAUCAGUAUAUGUACUUAUCUAUCCAGUGCAGUUGGGACAGCGGUCGGUUGUGAGUGAAUGUAUCAAUGUUUUUGGUGUAUGCAAAAUGGACUGACUGGUUUAAAUGUAUAUGAUGUGACCCUUUUAAUGGAAGGUGAUUCUGAAGAAACAUUUCCAUCCUUGAUGGACAAUAAAGUUUUAUUAUUUUCUAUGCAGUUACCCAUGACUCGUCAACAGGGCGUGGCUUGAAGGGGAAGUUCUCUUUUUUGCCUGGUUUUGAAACCAUGGACCAAAAGAUCCCGUAUGAUGACUACCAACUCCCAGUUGUCUUUUUGCCUUCCUACGAGAGUCCCCCAGCAUGGAUAGCCCCGCAGGAGCGUAUCCACCAUCAUGACUACAACAAUGAGCUGACCCAGUUCCUGCCACGCACCAUCGUGUUGAAGAAACCUCCAGGGGCACAGUUAGGCUUCAACAUCCGUGGGGGCAAGGCCUCUCAGCUGGGCAUCUUCAUCUCCAAGGUGGUCCCAGAUUCGGACGCCCACAGAGCAGAGCUCCAGGAGGGAGAUCAGGUGCUGUCUGUCAAUGAGGUGGACUUCCAGGACAUAGAGCACUCGAGGGCUGUUGAGAUUCUGAAGACUGCCAGAGAGAUUCUGAUGAGGGUGCGCUUCUUUCCCUACAGUAAGUGUUGCCAUCACCUGCUCCGCCAGCUAAUAUUUUAGAAGACUACCAGAGACAGAAGGAAAGGACUGUGCACUAGGUGGCAGAAGAGUUCCCCGGGAGAGAGUAUGUGAGUGUCCGUCUCGUAGGAGUUGAUGUCCUUAGUGGAUAGACCUGCACUUCACUAGUGUCCGCCUCCCACAGACUACAGCCCCCGUCCUCCGUUUCAAGGAUGAACGAACGCAUGACUAACUGGAUUCAUUCACAUUUACACCCCAGGACCACGUAAAGACAGUGCAUUCCCCUUCUGCAUACUAAACGAUGCACACUGCUUCAGAUGCUGAAAGGAUGUUGUUAUAUCAGGUGUUCACUCACUUACACAGUGAGUCGUGCACUGAAGACACUGUUUUCUCUGGUGUUGAUGCUUAGUGUUUCUUUUAUAUGCAGGGGACCUGGAACAUUAUGGUAUGCAAAUAGUAUACAUUACUCUAAGUAAACUACGUCAACUGAAGUGCAUGUCAAAGGGACACAUUCUUAAGGGAAGAUAUCACUUUCACUCACCUCUGACCCGAAGCGUUUUGAAUACUAGGUUUUAAACUGGUUACCCCAAUUGUGUAUAUAUAUAUCUCAGCAAAAAAAGAAACGUCCUCUCACUGUCAACUGUGUUUAUUUUCAGCAAACUUAACGUGUAAAUAUUUGUAUGAACAUAACAAGAUUCAACAACUGAGACAUAAA